AUGUCCCUCAAGAUUUUCGUCAUCAGUUGCCUGGCUGUUGUGGCCAUAGCUGAUCAGUCCCCUUAUCCCCCGCCACCCUCCUCCUGCCCCCUACCACCUCCACCUGCCCUGACCACCCUCCCCUGCCUCCAUCUCCACCACCGGUUCCUCCCAAGUACACCUAUACCUACGGCAAUCUCCAUGACUAGGCUUCAACCUCGGCCACUCGGAUUCCCGCGACGGCUACAAGACCAGGGCGCUACAACACCGUCGACCUCCCCGACGCCGCAAGCGAUCGUCAAUUACGUGGGACAACGCGACUUCCUCUUAGCUGAUGUCACCUACGAGGGCGAGGCUCAGUUACCCCGAGCAAUACGCCCACUUACAGGCCUGCCUCCCCCCCGCUACGCCCCUCCUCCCCCCCUGCGCCUAUUGAAUAAUGUGUAUCCAUUCUAUAAUGUUUGCAUUCGUAUUAGUGAAUGCAUUUGUUUAGGGUGUUCAAAUGGAAAUAUGUAUGGUAGAUACAGAGCGAGGCGCGAGAGAGUGAGAGAGAGUCUGGGUGUGAGUUACAUAAAGCCUGGGAUCGUGUUCGGCGCCAUCAUUCCCUCCGCCGCCAUGUCUCUCAAGAUCGCUGUCAUCGCUUGCCUGGCUGUUGUGGCCAUAGCAGACCAGUCCCCUUAUCCCCCUCCACCUGCCCCCUACCACCCUCCACCACCAGCCUACCACAGCGAACCACAUUACCCUGAUGUUCCUCCCAAGUACAACUACAACUACGGCAUCUCCGACGACUACGGCGUCAACCUCGGCCACACGGAGUCCCGCGACGGCUACAAGACCGAGGGCAGCUACACCGUCGACCUCCCCGACGGUCGCAGGCAGAUCGUCAAAUACGUGGACAACGGUGACGGUCUUGUAGCUGAGGUCACCUACGAGGGCGAGGCUCAGUACCCCGAGCACACGCCCGCUUACCAGCCCGCUCCCCCCGCCUACGCCCCUCCUCCCCCUGCGCCCUAUGAAUAAUGUGUAUCCAUUCUUUGUAAAAACAAAAUCAUUCACUCGCUCUUUUUCAUCGUCAAACCUGUUUUCUGUUGUUACAUUAUUCCACCAAAGAUAAUAAAAAUAAGUUGAAAUGACAA